AUGGCCUCCUCCGCCUUCACCUCCGAAUAUUUGCAGCUGUUCUUGGUGUUCUUCGAGUCGCUGUCCGACAACCAGCUGCUUCAGGUGCCUACUCUGGUCAAGCCGCUUAUGAUUCCCCUGGACCGCAUGCACUUCCUGGCGGCAGUAUGGCACCUCCGGCCCCUAUGGGACCACCUCCGGUUCCUCCUUACGCGGAUCCCUCUCACCGCCAGACCUUACCACGACUUCGUGGACGUGAUCGCGACCGCCCUCGAGCUGAAGAACGCCCCCGAGCUGAAGGCCGUGAUCGUGACCGUCAUCGCCGUCGACGCCGUUCGGUAUCCCCACUUCCUCCUGAUCCUCUACCUGUUGGAACUUCCCCUUUGCCUCCAUUAUCUCCGGGACGUGCAGAUUCCGUCCCCGCCGGCAAUACAGUGCCGCCUCCGGCUGUCUCCAAGCACACCGGGCGACCUCUUGCACCAAAGGUGGAUGCCGAUGGGACUCUCACUUACGUCCAGGUCAAGGCACGACCGCAACUUCCUCCGCCACGUGCCACAGGGACCACCACCGACAGAUCCCGCAGUCGGCGUCGUCGACGCGAUCGUGCUGACCGAGACCGUGAUGAUCGUGAGGAUCACGACCGUUCCCGAGGAGCACGCGAUACCUCGCAUCGUGACCGUGACCGACAUCGGCGUGAUCUGA